AUGUCAAUGACGAACAUUCAAAAAGGAAGCAGCCUAAGUUUAUACUUGAUUGUUGGUGGUACAUUGGUCACAGGAGCAGCCAACUCUCUACUUACAAAGUACCAGGAUAAUCAAUGUGUCAAGAACUGUUCGAGCAUAGACGAUCCUACAACACGAAAAAACUUUGAGCAACCAGCAAUUCAAACAUUACAAAUGUUCCUUGGAGAGUUUGCAAUGUUUUUUGUUUGGCUUAGUGUGCGAUACUACGAUGCAAAGAGGGCCAUCAACCAGCAAUCUAUUGCAUAUGAACAGCAAGCAAAUCUGGACUCGCAUGGAGCGUUCGCAGCAAAUGAAGAAGGUAGUGAAGGUGUAACAAAUAAAGAAGUUCCGAAUGCAGUAGGUUUAUUCCAGAACUGGCGAUUGGCAAUCCCUGCUAUUUGCGACUUGAGCUGUACAACUUUGCUCAAUAUUGGAUUGGUGUACACCCCAGUUUCCAUAUACCAAAUGACUAGAGGCUCCAUAGUGCUUUUUGUUGCUGUGUUGUCUGUCAUUUUCCUUAAACGGAAGAUUACUAAACUACAAUGGCUCAGUCUUGCUUUUGUCACUUUGGGUGUGGCGAUUGUUGGACUAAGUGGGUCUCAGCAUGGUCAAGCCAAAAACGUUGGUGGCAUUAGUGACGAAGCAGCUACAUCUGCUGCUGCUGCUGGUGCUGCUAGUGGUGGCUUGGUUCUAUUGGGCAUUGCUCUUAUUAUAUUUGCCACUUCGUUCCAAGGCAUACAGUUUGUUGUUGAGGAACAUAUACUUGCUAAACAUCCAGUGAUUCCGCUCCAACUAGUAUACAUUGAGGGUUUUUUUGGUGCUUCAACAAUAAUGUUUUUUAUGGUGCUAUUCAAUUACAUUUUCAGCUAUUUGCAAACCCCUGAGGAGUUUGCAGAUUCUCCUUUUAAUAUGAUUGAAGCAUUUGCACAAGUGUUUACAAACAAAACUGUGCUUGUAUCAUCUGUGCUUAUUAUGAUUUCUAUUGCAAGUUUCAAUUAUUGUGGAUUAUCAAUAACGCAUCGUGUUUCAGCAACUGCUAGAUCUACAGUCGAUACGUGUCGGACCUUGAUUGUUUGGCUUGUUGCAAUAGUGAUGGGAUGGGAACAGUUUCUCUUUUUGCAAAUGCUGGGGUUUGUCGUGUUGGUGUUUGGAACCUUGUGUUUCAACGGAGUGUUGAAGCCAGAGGAGUGGAAGUAUGUGCCAACGUGGUUGAAAGAGGAACAGAGUGUGGUACGCGAAGAAAGGAGAGCAUUGAUUGAAGAGUUUGAGGAGUUUGAAGAUCGGACAUGA